AUGCAUCCAGCAGUCUUAGCCCUCUUGAUGCUGCUCUUUGUUCUGCUGUGUUUCCUGGGAAUCCUGGCCAAUGGCUUCAUUGUGCUGGUGCUGAGCAGAGAAUGGAGGCGGCGUGGCAGGUUGCUCCCCUCCGAAAUGAUCCUCAUCAGCUUGGGUGCCUCGCGCUUCUGCCUGCAGUGGGUCGGAAUGGUGCACGACCUCUACUACUUCCUUCACAUGGAGCACUACAACCGGGGUCUUGAGCGGCAGCUAUUCGGGCUCCACUGGGACUUCCUGAACUCGGCCACCUUCUGGUUUGGCACCUGGCUCAGUGUCUUCUUCUGUGUGAAGAUCGCUACCUUCACCCACCCCACCUUCCUCUGGCUGAAGUGGAGGUUCCCAGGGUCAGUGCCCUGGGUCCUGCUGGGCUCCCUCCUGAUCUCCUCCAUCGUCACCCUGCUCUUCUUUUGGGGGAACCGUGCUGUGCAUCAAGGUUUCCUAUUAAGAAACAUUGCGGUGAACAUGACCUACAGGGAGUGGAACCAAAAGCUGGAGAUUCACUACUUCCUGCCCCUGAAAGUUGUCACGCUGUCGAUCCCUUACUCUGUUUUUCUGGUCUCCAUGAUGCUGUUGAUUAAUUCUCUGAGGAGACACAGGUGGACCAUGCAGAGCAACGCCCAUGGCCUGCAGGACCCCAGCACCCAGGCUCACACCAACGCUCUGAGGUCACUCGUCUCCUUCCUCGUUCUUUAUGCCCUGUCCUUUGUGUCUCUGAUUAUUAACGCUGCAGGAUUCUUCUCCUUAAGGAGUGACUGGUACUGGCCGUGGCAAAUUUUAAUCUUCCUGUGCACGUCUGUCCAUCCCUUUAUCCUCAUCUUUAGCAACCUCAGGCUUCGAGGGUCAUUCAGGCAGCUACUUCUGUGGGCUCGGGGCUUCUGGGUUGCCUAA